UGAAAUUUAUGACGCCGUUAGUUUAGGGAUUCAAAAUCUCCGCUCCCACACUCUAACGGAUACAUUUUCUUUUUUCCCUUUCUCUUUCUUCCUUCCACUACUGUCUUCUCUUCUUUCUCUUUCUUUAUUCUCCCUUCAAUCGCCUCUGUAAAUUUCUAGGGUUUCUUCAUCUUCUUCAUCAUCAUCACCUUUCUCAACUCUCUCUAACUUCUAAACAAUGAAGAAUUACAUGUUACCGAAAGGUAGUGGAAUCUUGAGAGAAAUUAAUACCCAAGAACAACAACUAUCAUCGCCAAACCCUAAACAACGAUCUAGGAAAAAAACUUCAUCAAGAGAAAAUGUUUCUCCGUCAGAUCUCAAUUCCAUGAUUGAUUAUUCGUCUCCGUCUGUUACUACUGCUAAAACACUAUCUUCUGUGGGUAAAAUGAAAAGCCCUCUUCCUCCAAGACCGCCUUCUUCUAAUCCUCUGAAACGGAAAUUGAUAUUGGAAUCAGUUCCUGAGAAUAGUGCUCCUGGAUCUUUCGAUUCUGGUGUUCAGGUGAUAGUACGAAUGCGUCCACCAAAUCCAAAUGUGGAUGCGGAUGAUGAGUUGAUAGUAGAGAAGGCAUCGUCGGAAUCUUUAUCAGUCCUUGGUCAGACCUUCACUUUUGAUUCUGUUGCAGAUACAGGAUCUUCUCAAAAAGACAUAUAUCAGCUAGUAGGUGCUCCUCUUGUGGAGAAUUGUUUGGCUGGGUUUAACAGUUCAAUAUUUGCUUAUGGCCAGACUGGGAGUGGAAAGACAUACACGAUGUGGGGACCCUCCAAUGCUUUGUUGGAAGAUAAUCCUUCUGGUGGAGAACAAGGCCUUACUCCUCGCGUCUUCGAGCAGCUCUUCUCACACAUGAGUGAGGAGGAAGCGAAACAUGCCGACAAGCAACUCAAUUAUCAAUGUCGCUGUUCGUUUCUUGAGAUCUAUAACGAGCAAAUAACAGACUUGUUGGAUCCAAGUCAAAGGAACCUCCUGAUUAGGGAAGAUGUGAAAUCAGGUGUUUAUGUUGAGAAUCUUUCCGAGCAGGAUGUAUGUUCGAUGAAAGACGUGAGGUUGCUUUUGCUAAAGGGACUGGCGAACAGGAGGACUGGUGCAACAAGUAUAAAUGCAGAGAGUUCUCGUUCGCAUAGUGUGUUCACUUGUACUGUGGAGUCACGAUGCAAGAGCAUGUCGGAUGGCUUGAGCAGUUGCAAGACUAGUAAAAUAAACCUCGUUGAUCUUGCUGGCUCAGAGAGACAAAAGCUUACUGGUGCCGCAGGAGAAAGAUUGAAGGAGGCAGGGAAUAUUAACCGUUCCCUUUCCCAGCUUGGGAACUUGAUAAAUAUUCUCGCUGAUGUUUCGCAAACUGGGAAGCAAAGACAUAUCCCAUAUAGGGACUCUAGGCUAACUUUCUUGCUGCAGGAAUCCUUGGGUGGUAAUGCAAGAUUAGCAAUGAUAUGUGCUAUUUCUCCCGUGCUAAGUUGUAAGAACGAAACACUCAGUACUCUGAGGUUUGCCCAGCGUGCAAAAGCAAUUAAAAACAAGGCAACUGUUAAUGAAGUCAUGCAAGAUGAUGUGAAUGUCUUGCGAGAAGUGAUUCGCCAGCUUAAGGAUGAACUUCUCCGAAUGAAAGCAAAUGCGAAUCCUGCAGCAGCAGGCCCCAACGGAGGAUAUUCAACAAGUUGGAGUGCACGUCGAAGCUUAAGUAUAUUGAAGAUGAGUCUGAACCAACCAAUGACAUUACCUCAUAUUGAUGAUGACAGUGAUGAGGAGAUGGAAAUCGACGAGGAAGCAGUUGAGAGGCUCUGCAAUGAGGUAGAAAAUAGUAUUAAUGAAAGAGAGGUUGCCUCCGAAAACGCUGAAGUAAAAGCACUCUCUUCCGAUGAUCCUAUAAGUGCACCUGUUAGUAAGCAGGGCUUGGAGGUAGCUGAUGUUCAUAUGGAAGUUUGUCCAUUAGAAGGAAUAACAGAAGAAGAGGCUGUGGAGAAUGGUUUGUUUAUUUAUGAUCAAGUGAAGGAUGUAAAGGAUCCCAUUGAGGAGCAACUUCAAGAGGGAGGACCAACAUGCGAGACUCUGGUGGAGAACCAUUCUGCAGAUGCUUCUGUCUCCAAAACUUCUGUAUCCUGUUCUCCUAGUGCCGAUCUUCCUUCUAACCUUAGCAUAAUUUCCUGUGAGGCGACUCCAGUUCUUCGUUCUCCCCCUUUGAGUGUUUCACCAAGAGUCAACGAAAGCAGCAGGAAAAGCCUUAAGACAUUAUCGAUGUUGUCUGCUUCCCAGAAAGAUUUAGCAGAGGAGAAAAAUCUUGGACUGGAGGAUCUACCUAGGAAAUCUGUGAAAUGCAAGCCCUCAAGUGUUCAAACUAGUACAAAUGGCUUUACACAAACUGAACAUCUGGCAGCAAGUCUCCAUCGUGGUCUUCAAAUUAUCGAUAGUCACCGCCAGAGUACAGCCUUCGGUCGCUCUUCCUUCAGAUUCGCUGAACUGAAGCCUCUUCUUCUUACAGUUGAUAAGGUUGAUGUUGGAGUACAAACUGUUUCACUUGAAUCUGAAGUACCUGUAGAAGAUGCAUCAGAAUAUUUGUGCAGUAAUUGCAAGAAUAGAACUCCUUUACUUGAAUUGAAAGAGGAAACUGAGAACUCAAAUAUGCAAUUAGUACCUAUUGAAGUGUCACAAUCAGGUGAAAAGACCAAAAAGCUAGUUCCAAAGGCAGUAGAAAAGGUGUUAGCUGGAGCAAUCAGGAGAGAAAUGGCUCUUGAAGAGUUCUGUGCCAAGCAGACUGCUGAAAUCUCCCAGUUGGAUCGUCUUGUUCAGCAAUACAAGCAUGAAAGAGAAUGUAACAGUAUAAUUGAACAAACAAGAGAAGACAAAAUCAGAAGGCUAGAGAGCCUGAUGGACGGGGUCUUGCCGACUGAGGAAUUCAUGGAGGAAGAGUUUAUGUCCCUUGCAAAUGAGCAUAAGCUGUUGAAAGAAAAAUACGAUAACCAUCCUGAGUUGCUGAGAACAAAAAUUGAACUUAGAAGAGUUCAAGAUGAGCUUGAUAGUUACAGAAACUUUUUUGAUAUGGGUGAGAGAGAUGUAUUGGUGGAAGAGGUUCAGCAUUUGAGAAGCCAACUCACCUAUUACGUUGAAUCUUCUUCUUCUCCUUUACCGUCUCGAAAAAGAAGUCCAAUGCUACAGCUGACAUAUCCUUGGGAGCCGCCUUCGACACCCUUAUGUGCAAUUCCUGAGACAACUGAGCGAAGUAUGGAGGAGAAAUUUGAACAGGAGAGGUGUAACUGGACCGAGGCAGAAGGCAAGUGGAUCUCCCUUUGCGAAGAAUUGAGAACUGAACUUGAAGAAAGUCGUGUUCUUGCCGAGAAAUUGAAGGUGGAAUACAAUUCAGAAAAGAGAUGUGCAGAUGAGCUUAAAGAAGCAAUGCAGAUGGCAAUGCAGGGACAUGCACGGAUUCUUGAGCAGUAUGCUGACCUUCAGGAGAAACAUCUUGCUUUACUUGCAAGGCACAGGAAGAUGCAGGAAGGAAUAGAAGAUGUCAAAAGGGCUGCAUCUAAAGCAGGAGUUAGGGGCGCUGAAUCAAAGUUUAUCAACUCCCUUGCUGCUGAAAUUUCUGCACUUAAAGUGGAUAGGGAAAAAGAGAAGAGGUAUCUGAUGGAUGAGAAGAAGGGGUUGCAGGCUCAACUGAGAGAUACUGCUGAAGCUGUACAAGCGGCUGGUGAACUUGUUGUGCGGCUUAAGGAAGCAGAAGAAGUUGCCUUUAUCUCCCAGAAAAGAGCUUUAGAGGCAGAGCAAGAGGCUGAGAGAGCAUAUAGACAAAUUCAGAAAUUAAAGAAAAAACACGAAAAAGAAAUUUCUACUUUGAAUCAGGUUGUUGCAGAGUCUCGUCUACCUAAGGAGGCAAUCAGACCUGCAAACUAUGAUAUUGACACGACUAGAUAUGAUGAGCCUCUCUACCACGGCCAAGAAGAAGAUACCGAACUCCCUGUGGAGCCAUUUCCAUGGUUCUCCUCCGGGUACGAUCAAUGCAACAUCUAGAUAACUUUGUGGUGUCAGUAUUGCUAUGUACCCUGCCUUAGCUGAGCUUGUUGUAUAACGACCCUGUUGUGGAUUGGUUACGUUACGAACCAAAUAUAUUGGUUCUAGUCAGUGUGUCAAAACAUUUCAUUUUUCUUGUGGGGGAGUUUCAGGUUGAAUGAAUGAUUCUCCCUGACUUCCUUUUCUUUCUGCACAUAUUGUAAUCUUAUUACUUCAUAAAUUUUGUAUUACCUAUAAUCUACUAUUUCCAAAGUUUCUAUAAAAUUUGUAA